UCACUUGCAGCUAAAAUGGCUCACGCAGCGCUGUGCGUUUACCGCCAGUCGAGUACUUGGUCUUCCUUGCUUGGUGUGGGUAUCGGCAGAGGUUUGCAGGCGAGUUUGUUUGUAGCUGGUGUUCGUACUCUAUCUACUAAAAUGUGUUUACCAAGAGUUUAUUUUGAUAUGAAUGCUGAUGGCCAGCGUGUAGGAAGAAUUGUGAUGGAGCUUCGAAAUGAUGUAGUACCAAAAACGGCAGAAAAUUUCCGUGCCUUAUGUACGGGCGAGAAAGGCUUUGGUUACAAGGGUAGCACAUUCCAUCGUGUUAUUCCCAACUUCAUGUGCCAGGGAGGUGAUUUCACCAACCACAAUGGCACUGGAGGAAAAUCAAUCUAUGGUAGCAAGUUUGAGGAUGAAAAUUUCCAGUUAAAGCACACAGGACCAGGCAUCCUCUCCAUGGCCAAUGCUGGACCAAAUACUAAUGGGAGUCAGUUCUUUGUUACCACUGCAAAAACAAGCUGGCUUGACAACCGGCAUGUUGUGUUUGGGUCUGUUGUAGAGGGAAUGGAUGUUGUGAAGAAACUUGAGAGUCUGGGUUCCCAGAGUGGCAAGACGAGCAAGAAGAUCACAGUUGUGGAUUGUGGCCAACUCUAAACUGUACUAAACAUUUUCCUUGCCAAUUUACCUGCAGCAUAAAAUGCAUGACUUUCCUAAUUUUCAGCUGGUAAUAUAAAUCAUAAAAACACUGACUGCAGUAAUUGUGGCACAUGUGACAAUGCUGUAUAUUUCAGCCCAUCAUUCCAUAAAAUAGUUACUUUUUUUGUUUAGGUGGUGGUAUGCCAAAGAACUACCUAGUUAAGUAAAAUUCCAACAAAAUACAAACCUCACAUUAAAUAGAGCAUGUCCCAGCCAAAUACCAUGGUUAAUUAUGGUUAAGAAGAAUCCUCUGUUUCAGGCAUCAGUAAUGAUACUCUGUAUAACUUUUAGUCUUAAUAUUAGUUACUGUUUUCAUUAGAUUUUCUUCUUUUUAAAAAUACUUGUAGAUUGUGUAUUAAGUUGCUGUUUUGAAUCAAAAAAUAUAUAUAUAUGCUGCAGUCUACAUAUAUGCAAAUUCUAGUAAUGAAGUAAUGUUUAAUUAACUGUGCAUUCCUGAGAAGAGUAUGUGUGCUAGAUUCUGGAUGGAAGUUUUUUUUUAUUAACCUUGUGUUCUAAUAUUUUCCGUCGUUUAAUACAGUUGAAAAAUAAAUACAGUGUAAAUUA